AGCAGGAGGAAGAUGGAGCAGGAAUUACCGCGGCCCCAGGACGGGUUUGGGGGGUCACAAUUUGAUAAAGGGGGAUGUCGGGGAUUCGCCCAGCUGUUUACAGUCGGCUCUCUCUGAUCUGUUUUCAUUCCCGGAGACUGAGGCCGAGCAUCCCGCCCGGAGGUUUGCCGCAAGGCACUGUGGCAGUCUCCUAUAUGAUGAUAGCUUAUGCACUGAACAAGAAUGCACGAGUGAGGAAAUGUGCUGUCAUUAAGGUUGAUACAUCAAGACCUAAGGCUCUCAUGAGCACAGCGAUUGAUGAUCUACAGCCAGGCAUGCAGCACCUUUACCGAAUUCAGAAUUACAACAAACUCCAGCAUGUGCAAAUGCACCCUUAUGGCAAAACUCUGACCCAUGUCCAAAGUGCUGCAAAGAGGUUGCAACUUGUAUCUUCAGUGAACCUUUCUGGGGCAAAAGAUUCAAAGGCUGUGGUGACAUGUGUUGUCAUUGUACUCUCAGUAUUUGUUUGCUGCCUACCUUUGGGCAUCUCCCUCAUGCAAGAUGUUUUGACACCAGGGAGCAGUUUUAUUUUAAAUCAGCUGAAACUGUGUGGGUUCACAUUAAUAUUUUUAAAAUCGGGACUAAAUCCUUUUAUAUACUCACGCAACAGUGCUGGACUCAGGAAAAGAAUUCUUUGGUAUACACAGCAUGUGACCCUGGGCUGCAUGCGUUGCAAGCAUAAGACUCGGUUGCAAGCAGUGGGCAAAGGGAGCCUGGAUAUGAACAGAAACAAAUCACCUCAUCAUGAAACAAAUUCAGCUUGUAUGUUGUCAUCCAAGCCACAGAGAAGAUUGGUGGACCAGGCUUGUGGCCCCAGUCACUCAAGAGACAGUGUGUUAAGUCCCAAUUUGUCAAUUGGCCAGCAGCAUUAUGAACGGAAUAACUCAACGCCUAUCAACACACGGACUGAGCCUUACUACAGCAUUUAUAACAGCAGUCCUUCCCAGGAAGUGAGCACCCCAAAUAGUUUGCAGCCGGUAAACUCUACCUGUGAAUUUGCAAAUUCACACAUUGCCAUUCAUCACCAUAUGGCAAAAGUACCAGAUUUUGUGCAGGAGGAUGAUACUUCCACAAAGCAAAUACCUGUCCCAUCAAUAUAGUAACAUGCUAUAA